CGUUCGUUUCGACACUCGCUCGGCGGUCGCCCCCUCCGCUUCUCACUUGCCGUUAAGCCAAAGCGAGCGGCUGCUUUUCCCUCAGGGCCUUUUUUUUUUCUUCCCCCCUCUCUCUUUCCCCCCCCUUCCCCCUUCCGUCCCGAAAUGCCCCCGAAGAAACCGCCCCCGGCAGCGGCGGCGGGGGGGAAUAAAAAAGCGGAUCAGAAGAAGAAGGAGAAGAUAAUUGAGGAUAAAACAUUUGGCUUAAAGAACAAGAAAGGAGCAAAACAACAAAAGUUUAUCAAGGCAGUGACCCACCAAGUUAAAUUUGGUCAACAAAACCCACGGCAGGCUGCUCAAGUAGAUGCUGACAAAAAAUUGAAGAAAGAUGAUAAGAAGAAAGAAUUGCAAGAACUGAAUGAGCUUUUCAAACCUGUAGUUGCAGCCCAAAAAAUAAGUAAAGGAGCAGAUCCAAAAUCAGUAGUCUGUGCCUUCUUCAAGCAAGGGCAGUGCACAAAAGGAGACAAGUGCAAAUUCUCUCAUGACUUGUCUUUAGAGAGGAAGUGUGAAAAGAGAAGUGUCUACAUUGAUGCACGAGAUGAGGAGCUUGAAAAAGACACAAUGGAUAACUGGGAUGAAAAAAAGCUGGAGGAGGUAGUGAACAAGAAGCAUGGGGAAGCUGAAAAGAAAAAACCUAAAACACAAAUCGUGUGCAAGUAUUUCCUUGAUGCUAUUGAAAACAACAAAUACGGCUGGUUUUGGGUCUGUCCCGGUGGAGGUGACAAUUGUAUGUACCGCCAUGCACUUCCUCCUGGUUUUGUGCUCAAAAAGGACAAAAAGAAAGAAGAAAAAGAAGAAGAAAUUUCUUUAGAAGAUCUAAUAGAAAAAGAGCGUUCUGCCUUAGGAUCAAAUGUUACUAAAAUUACUUUAGAGUCUUUUCUUGCAUGGAAGAAAAGAAAAAGACAAGAAAAAAUUGAUAAAGCUGAGCAAGAUAUGGAAAGAAGGAAAGCGGACUUUAAAGCUGGUAAAGCAUUGGUGAUCAGCGGGCGUGAAGUGUUUGAGUUCCGUCCAGAACUAGUUGAUGCAGAUGAUGAAGAAGCAGAUGACACCCAUUAUAUUCAAGGGACAGGAGAAGAUGAGGUUGAUGAACUUGUCCGUAUAAAUGAUAUCGACUUGAAUCUUUAUGUUCCAAAAGAUGUGGAUGAGACUGGAAUUACUGUAGCUAGUCUGGAACGAUUUAGCACAUAUGCUUCCACUGAGAAAGAUGACAACAAGUUAAGUGAAGCUUCAGGGGGUGGACUUGAAAAUGGAGAGCAAAGUGAUUUAGAUCCUGACAGUGACAUGGAAGGCAACCCAGAAAAUGGUGUAAUUGAUGCUGUACCUGUUGAUGAAAAUCUAUUUACUGGCGAGGACUUGGAAGAACUAGAAGAAGAACUAAACACACUUGAUUUAGAAGAAUGAACAAGCAAAUCACACUUGAUUUAGGAGAAUGAACAAGCAAAUCAAACAUUGUCUUCAUCUGGUUUAUCUAAAAUUUUAAAUGGAGUGUUCUUGGUUCCUCAUGUGAUUCUGGAAAGAACAUUAAAAGCAGAAAUAUUUCGCCAAUUUUUCUGAUUCAGUCUUAACCAGUUUCAUAAUAAACUAUUCAUGUAA